UCAUUUCAACACUUUCAUUAUGCCAUUGAAUUUUAUAUGGCUUAGGGUGAUGUUUUGUUUCCAAAUUAAGCUUUGUCACUAAACGAGUACUAGCAACAUUAGUACAACUUCCACCAUCAAUAAUUAAAGAACAUACCUUUCCUUGAACUAAACAUCUUGUGUGAAAAAGGUUUUCUCUUUGAGUGGUGUCCUCCUCUUUGACUAAGUUCCCCAACAUUCUCCUCACCAUGAGUAACUCUCCACUAGGUAUUUCUUCAUCCAUUUCUUUUUAAUUUUUUUUUUGUAAACAUCUAAAAGAGAAAAUUAAAAUGAAGAAUUGUAAUGUUAACAAUGGAGAAUGAAGAUACUUUUGAAAUUGAAAGAAAUACUGGUCCAAACGAAACCUUGCUCUGAAUACCAAAUGAUAACGGAGAAACUUGAUAAUUAGAUAAAAAUAAAGAGAAUGGAUGGAAAUAGAAAGAAAUGAAGGUAAUCACAAUUCUAAUCCAAGAAUCACUUGGUCUUGGUAUUUAUCUUGAUAAUUGAUUAUGAAUUUAUACCCUUUUUGGUAAUUUACACAUUAAAAGCAAUUUUGAUUUGAUAUUAGCCAAACAACAUCAAAUAUUGAGAAUCACUUUUAAAUAAUGUAUCCAAACAUAAAUCAAUUUUAUUCAACUCACUUUUAACUCAUAUCAAUUCUAUCAAACUCAAUUCUGUCAAAAUCAAUUUUUUUUUUUCAACGCUGAACCAAACAUAUACUAAGACGAAUUUGACUGAAACAUUGAAAAUUGGUACAUUAAUUAAUUGUUUACUUCACUUCACACUGUAUCUUAGUUUCUGCAAAAGUCAAAGUCAUUAUUCUGUUGCAUUUUCCUUUCUGAGUUUUUUGAACUUUCUUUCCAUUGCAACAAUGGCUGAACAAAUCCCAUACAGUGUCAUUGUAAGCAUCAUAAACAAAUUAGCUUCUUCAACUUUCCAUGAAUUUGCACGAAUUUACGGUGUCAAAAAUGACCUACAAAAUCUCAACAAAACCCUAGAAUCCAUCAAAAUUGUGCUUUCAGAUGCUGAACAUAAACAAGUUCAUGAUCCUACAAUCCAUCACUGGAUCACAAGAUUCAAACAAGUACUUCAUGAUGCUGAUGAUUUCCUUGAUUAUCUAACAAUUCGAGAUUCAAGAAUCAAACUCAAUAAUAAGGUACAAAACUUGUUUUCAAUUGAGAAUAAUCGACUUGCUUUUCGUGUUAAAUUGGUUCGUGAGAUUGAUAAUAUUAGGAAGAAAUUCAAUGAUGUUGCUGAGGAUAUGUCUAGGUUGAAAUUGAAUCAUAAUUUGGUAGUAAUUGUUAAAGAAAAUGAGGGUUCUUGGAGAGAAACUAGUUCAUUUGUUUUGGAAUCGGGGAUAGUUGGUAGAGAAGAAAAUAAAAAUGAGAUUAUUGAGUUGUUGAAAGGAGAAAAUAGUAGUGUUUCUUUUAUUGCUGUUGUUGGUAUGGGUGGUUUGGGAAAGACGGCACUUGCUCAAUUGGUUUACAAUGAUGGUGAGGUGGAGAAGGUUUUUGAUAAACGGAUUUGGGUUUGUGUUUCUCAAGAGUUUGAAGUAAAAUCGAUUUUGAGUAAAAUGUUGAAAUCGUUGAAGAAUGAUCAAGUUGGUGAUUUGGAAUUGGAUAUUUUACAAAGGAAGAUUCGAGAGGAGUUGAACGGGUAAAGGUAUAUGCUUGUGCUUGAUGAUUUGUGGAAUGAAAAUCAGUUAAAGUGGGAUGAGUUAAGAACUUAUUUGAUGUGUGGUGGUCAAGGUAGUAAGAUACUAGUGACAACUCGUAGUACGUUGGUCUCGCAAAUAAUGGGUGUGAAAAAUCCGUAUGUUUUGAAAGGUUUGAACAAAGAGCAAUCAUGGGAUUUGCUAAAGAAGUUGACAUUUGGUGAAGUGUUCAAUGAUGUGAGCCCGAAUCUUGAAUCCAUUGGUGAAAGAAUUGCAGAAAAGUGCGGCGGAGUUCCCCUAGCAAUCAGAACAGUGGGAGGCUUCUUGCGAACUAUAAAUGAAAAAGAAGAUCAAUGGUUAAGUGUUUUAAACGGUGAUGUUUGGAGGUUGUGUGAAGAAAGACAGAGUAUUAUGCCGGUGCUAAAAUUGAGUUAUCAAAACUUGCCAUUGGGGUUAAGACAAUGUUUUGCCUAUUGUUGUUUAUACCCUAAAGAUUGGGAAAUUCAGAAGAAUGAAUUGAUUCAAUUAUGGAUGGCUCAAGGCUACCUUGAAAGUUCAAUUGAAACGCAAUCCAUGGAAGAUGUGGGAAAUCAAUACGUAAGGAUUUUGUUGAUGAGGUCAUUCUUUCAAGACGCAACAGUGAGCAAACACAAUGAGAUAAUUUCCUUCAAAAUGCAUGAUUUGAUGCAUGAUCUUGCAAACUCAGUAGCCGGAAAUGAUUGUUGCUUGCAUGCCGAGGGGAAAGGAUUUAUUGGAAGACCCAUGCACGUUUCAUUUCUAUCGAGUUCCGCUUGUUCACUGGAUUUUUCAGAUGCAACUAAGAUACGUACCAUUCUUUGGGCCAAAACGAAAGUGGGAAGUAUUUCUGAUGCCAAACCUUCUAUCACCAAGAACUUGAAGUAUCUGCGGGCUUUUGAUUUGUCAUAUUCUUCUAUAACCAAACUGCCACAGUCGAUUGAUACAUGCGGGCACUUAAGAUAUCUGGACUUGUCUAAUUGCAAAGAACUAAUUAGUUUGCCCAAGUCUAUUGGCAAUCUUGUUAGUUUGCAAUCUUUGAAAUUGAAUGGGUGUCGGCAACUUGUAUUUUCUACCGAAGUUAUCACGAAGUUGAUUAAUCUGAGACACCUUGAAAUUGAAGGUUGUAAAGCCUUUGCAGACAAGAUGCCUCUUGGAUUAGGACAGUUGACUUCAUUGCAGUCCUUGUCAAGUUUUGUAGUGGGGGAUGAUGACACGGGGAACUGCGGCAAACUAAAUGAAUUGAAGGAGCUAAAUAACCUAAAGGGUCAUAUGAGAAUCAGUAAUCUGGAUUCAGUAAAAGACGUUGCAUUAGAGUCGCAAGAAGCAAAUCUGAAAACAAAGAAGUAUAUCCAAGUACUGGAUCUGAAUUGGGGGAAAAGCCGAUAUGAUUGGAUAGAAGAAGCACAAAACAGUGAGAUCAACUUGCAGUUAUUGGAUAACCUCUGUCCUAAUCAGAAUUUGAGAAAAUUGAGAGUGAGUGGGUAUCCAGGAGUGAGGUUUUCAAGUUGGCUUCCUUCCCUAACUAAUAUUGUUCAAAUCAACUUUUACCGUCUUUCCAAUUGUCAGCAUCUCCAACCAUUGGAAGGACUUCCACGACUGAAGAAGCUUCACAUUAGUGAAACAAAUGAACUAAAGUACAUGCAUUAUGAUAUCUCUAAUGUGUUCUUCCCGUCUUUGGAGAAACUCAUUCUCUUCGGCUGCAAGAAUCUGAGGGGAUGGAAAAAGUUGGGAAAUGAUGUUGACAUCGACAACCAUCAUUCACUCCCUCCUUUUCCUUGUCUUUCAUAUUUGGAAAUUUGGGAUUGUCCAAAACUGACUUGCAUGCCUACUUAUCCUUACCUUACUGAGCUGAGGUUAAUUUCUUGUAACGCGAUGCCACUGAUUGAAACAUGUUCGGUUCAGCUUCAGUCUUCCUCCUUCAACCCUCUUUUUGGCCUCAAGCAUUUGUAUCUCACAGAAAUAGACCUAGAAGCAAUGCCAGAGCAGUGGAUGAAAAAUCUCAAAUCUCUUGAGCGUCUCUCUCUUUCUGGAUUUCCUGUUAGUGUGCCUAUGAUACGACACUUGCAACAUAUUUCUUCUGAACUUCAGGAACUGAGAAUUUGUCAAGUCGACAAGCUUGAUCUAUGGAGAGAUGAGGGCAGCGCUAGCUUUGAAUGCCAAGUCCCUUAUGGCCUCAGAUCUCUGCAGAAAAUAUCCAUAGAAUUUUGUGACAACUUGAAGGCCUUUCCAGAGCAAAUUUUUUACCUCCAAUCACUUAAGCAUAUUAAGAUUCUUCAUUGCGAUGAUUUAGAGUCACUGCCUGAAGGCUUGCGUUCCCUUACAAAUUUACAGACACUUCAUAUUAUUCACUGUCACCGCCUACGCAACAGAUGUCAAAUUAAAAUUGGAGAAGAUUGGCCAAAUAUUGCUCACAUCCCAGACAUAAUUGUUGGUUGAUUCUUUUAAGAUGAUUAAGAAUGCUGCAAAUUGAAGACAAGAUAAAUUAUGCAGAAUUGGACUGCUAUAAGACUGGUCAAUUUUCAACAAUGCAAGAGCAUUGUUGUCAAUCACUGCAGAAAAUAGAGGUUCGUUCAAAUUCCGCUAAGUUACAAUGCUAUAGCUGCUAUAUCAAAAUACUUUGUACUAGUAUAAGAGGAAAAGAUACUUACCACUGCAUAAUCUAUUUACAGUUUCUCCCAUCCUUGUUUUCAAGUUAAUAAUAGUAUACUAAAUAUGUAUCAUAAAUUUUUACACUUCACUCAAUUGUCUUGUAACAAAAGGCACAAGAGCAUUAUAUGUUAGUAGUUAUACAAGAUGAAGCCAUGAAGGAAACUAUGGCAGUAGUCAAGAUGAAGACGUAUAAGAACAAUAUUGAUAUCUUUUAUGUAUAAAUCAAUAAUGAUAGUAUUUUCUUUCCGUGUAAACAAGAAUUAUGCAUUAUCAUAGAUGAAAAAAUUAAAUGAAAAUAAGUGGAAAAACUGUGUAGUAUUUGAUACUGUUGUAAGUAAAUCUGAUUUAUUUUCUACUUUUGUAA